UCCAAUCGGGUUCGCUCCUUUCUCCCUCUCUUCCGUCUCUUCCUCCUCUUCUCCUUGCGUAAGCGAGUCGGUGGCCUUGCGAAUUGUCCCCAAAUCCCUAAUUUCCUCCCUGAAAUCACCGCGAUCGAUUUGGGCGAACGACCUUCUUUGAAGGCUCCCCAGGAUUAACCAGACAGUGAACCAGACAAUCCCUGUAAAGAGUCCGACUGUCUAAGCAGUGAUGGAUAAACAAACACCUCCUACUCUUUUCGUUAAUGAUGGUUCAUUCAUGGAGAGGUUCAAACAACUUCAGCAAGAGAAUGGGGAGCACAAGGAGAAAGACAAGGGCACAGCUGAAAAGGAGUCUAAACCCAAAACAAUUAUCUCUGGGACUGUGACUCCUAAACCUGCUGCUGUUAAAAUAAGCAUGCAGCUUAAGGGUAGUGAUGGGCGCAAUAGCCUCCAGUCAGCUUCUGGUGGGAAACUUGCUUUCAGUUUGAAACAGAAGUCAAAGAUUGUGUCACCUGCAGUCAAGUUGGAUGAAGAAGAUGACGAGGAAGCAGAAGGUGGAACUGGUUCAAGUGAUGCACCAUCUAAAAGACAGAAAUUGGGGCAAAUGGAUGCCUCUGAAAAAUUAUCGAGACAAGAGGGUGUUGCCCCAACUUCCCCAAGUGACCCUACAGUGAAGAAAGUUGCAGACAAAUUAGCAAGUUUUGUUGCCAAAAAUGGCAGGCAGUUUGAGGAUGUCACUCGUCAGAAGAAUCCAGGGGAUACCCCAUUUAAAUUUCUGUUUGAUAAAGCAUGUCCGGACUACAAGUAUUAUGAGUUCCGACUUGCUGAAGAGGAAAAGGUUCUUGCCAUGACUAGGGAUUAUGACAAACAUGCUGGGGCUACUAGCAUGUCAGCGUCAAAUUCCACAGUCAGUUCUCAUAGAUCACAUCAGAAGCAACCAAAUUAUCAAAUCCCUGCUUCAGCUUUAUACGGAGCUGCUGAAGACCCUAGGAAUUCUUUAGAACAUGCAGGUUCUCAAGGGUCAACUGGAGAAUCUACUGCACCACCGGGUACUGAUCCCAUUGCAAUGAUGGAGUUCUACAUGAAGAAAGCUGCUCAUGAAGAGAAGAGGAGGCAGCCUAAACAGUCCAAGGAUGAAAUGCCACCACCGGCUUCCCUUCAAGGUCCAGGCACUUCCAAGAAAGGUCAUCACAUGGGUGAUUAUAUCCCUCCGGAAGAGCUUGCGAAGUUCAUGGCUAACUGCAAUGAUGCUGCUGCCCAAAAAGCUGCUAAGGAGGCUGCCGAAAGAGCACGAAUUCAGGCCGACAAUGUUGGGCAUAGGUUGUUGUCCAAAAUGGGCUGGAGAGAAGGUGAGGGUCUGGGCAGCUCAAGAAGUGGUAUGGCUGAUCCAAUUAUGGCCGGGAAUGUAAAGAAGGACAACUUGGGUGUUGGAGCUCAGCAGCCUGGUGAAGUGACGCCUGAAGAUGAUAUCUAUGAGCAGUACAAGAAGCGAAUGAUGCUCGGUUAUCGUCAUAGGCCCAACCCUCUGGGGAACCCUCGGAAAGCAUAUUAUUGAGAGAGCAAAAACCUGCUAUCGUGACAGUUGAAUGAAGAACAAGAAUGUUGUCUCAAGAGCUUGCCUUUGAUAACAAAUCCUACGUCAUGUCAGUAAUUGACUGAGUGCUGUUUACUAAUUUUGUUGUGCGUGUAAGAUUUUUUUGUGCUGAAAGUGAAGCCUCUUUUGCUGCAACUUCCAGAUCACUAUUGGAAUGGGGAUUUGCGAGAUAUAGUAUAACAGUAUUGUUUUAUAUUCGCAGAACCUAUUCCAAUGUUCUUGAAAACAGUAAUAAGUAUGCCACAGGAGGAAUUGAUUCUACGUUUUGUAUACCAAAGGCUGAUAACAGCGGAAUAGUGCCCUUAAAGAAUAAGGGUAUAACAGAACUAUUCUCUUCUUUCUAUCCCUUCUCUUGGGAUAGCAGUAGCACAGGUGGUCGUGCUUCCAUGUAACUUGGAGUAUGUGGUUGUCUGCUUCUGACCCUACAACAAAAAAUCACCUGCAAGAAUAUCGG